AUGGAGUACAACGCUGAAUUCUGUAGAUUGGCUGAGUUUUGCCCUCAUUUGGUGGCACAGGAUUAUGACCGGAUGCAGCAGUUCACCCAGGGUUUAGCAGCAUAUAUUCGGCUCAGGAUGUCAAGAUUUCCAGGUAGCUCCUACCGAGAAGUUUUGGAUCGUGCACUGUUUAUCGAGAUGACUCAGCAGCAGGUAAAUCAGGAGAAAGGCCAUGAUAAGCAGUCGUCACAAAAGAGAGGGAACAAAGGUCAGAGUUCACAGGCUACCACGGGAGGAUCUUCUCGGCCGCAGAAGUCAGGACGGACAUCUGAUGGAACAUCUCGUCCUCCUCAGCAUGGUUGGAGGAAAGAUAGAACGGGAUCCAGAUGUUACCAGUGUGGCUCAAAGAACCAUACCAAAUUUCAUUGCCCCUUGGAUCAUCCCAUUUGUUAUUAUUGCAAACAACCAGGGCAUGAGAGUCGGGAUUGUACGUUGAAGGCACAGUUGGAGGCUACUAAGGGUACAUCACAGGGGGGACAGCCCUCACAGAUGCGACCACAGAAAGGAUCACAGAAGAGUCAAGGUGCUCCACGUCAGCAGCGACCACCGUCUUCUCAGGGACAGAUAUAUCAUAUUCAAGGUCAGGAACCAGCGACUACACAGUAUUCUGCUGCGACGUCUUCUCAUCAGGCCCUUAUAGUACAGCCAGAUUUUCAUCCACCUCAGCUUUAUCCAGCAUAUCAGCCUCAGACUCAGUAUCAGCAGCCGGUUCCCGCACCUACGAUGCCAGCGCAGACCACUUCAGGGAUACCACAGCCGAGCUCAGAGGUGGGUCGUGUUUAUGCUGUUACACGGGAGGAGGCACAGCGAGCUGAGGGAUCGGUUUUCCGAGGUACUAUUUCAGUUUAUACAUUUACUGCAGAUUUGUUGAUAGAUACUGGUAGUUCCCAUUCAUUCAUAUCUCGGGUAUUUCUGGGUAAAAUCGGGAGAUUGCCUAGUCGUCGGACACAUGGGCUGACAAUAUCUCUACCAUCUGGCGAGGUACUAAGUAUUAGUCUGGAAGUCAAAGGAUGUCCUUUAGACUUCAAUGGUCAGACUAUUAUGGUGGAUCUGCAGGUAUUAGAGAUGGUGGAAUUUGAUAUUAUAUUAGGCAUGGAUUGGUUGGCCAUGAACCAUGCCACAGUCGAUUGCGGAGCUAGAGUAGUCACUUUCCGACCUCCCGGUCUACCAUGUUGGGUAUUCUUUGGAACCAAAAGUGAUGGGAUAGCAGUCAUAUCAGCAAUGCAAGCGAGGAGAUUGUUGGCACAAGGUUGUCAGGGAUAUUUGCUGUCCAUGGUUAAAGCUGGUUCAGAUGCAUUACCACAGCUCUCGGAUGUUGCUAUCGUCCGAGAAUUUCCAGAUGUGUUCCCUGACGGAUUCCCCGGUUUGCCUCCUAAAAGGCAAGUCGAGUUUACGAUUGAGUUGGUUCCGAGAACUGCACCGGUAUCCAAGACCCCCUAUCGCAUGGCACCCAAGGAGUUAGAGGAGCUGAAGACUCAGUUGCAGGAGCUGUUGGACAGAGGAUUUAUCCGUCCCAGUGUUUCUCCGUGGGGAGCACCAGUACUCUUCGUUAAGAAGAAAGAUGGAUCACUGAGAUUAUGUAUUGAUUACCGACAGUUAAAUGCGGUCACUAUCAAGAACAAAUAUCCACUGCCACGUAUAGAGGAUUUAUUUGAUCAGCUGAAGGAUACCUGUGUAUAUUCAAAGAUUGAUUUGCGCUCAGGCUAUCAUCAGCUCAGGGUUGGAGAUGCGGACAUUCCGAAGACAGCAUUUCGCACUCGUUAUGGUCAUUACGAGUUCUUGGUAAUGCCAUUUGGUCUUACCAAUGCCCCAGCAGUGUUUAUGGAUCUGAUGAACAGAGUGUUCCUUGAGUACUUAGAUCAGUUCGUCAUUGUGUUCAUCGACGAUAUUCUGAUAUAUUCCCGAUCUGAGGAGGAACACAGGCGACAUCUUCGCAUAGUUUUGGAGACGCUACGGCGAGAACAGCUCUAUGCGAAGUUUAGUAAAUGCGCCUUUUGGCUACCUUCGGUGGGUUUUCUUGGACACGUUGUCUCCAGCAGAGGUAUAUAUGUAGAUCCACAGAAGAUUGAGGCCAUCACUAGUUGGGAGCAGCCGAAGACACAUAGCCUUGCCAUUGACACGAUUGACCCGGAAGGGAGAGAAGUUUAG